AUGGGAAAAGGACAAAGAUUUGGGGACAUCGAUGGGUACCAAUGCCAAAACACUCCAGAAUUUUUUCUUCCUCAUGAAGCCUCUGCUAUCAAAGCCAUACCACUGGUCAUCCCGUCAGCUGCUUCAAUUCUUGCAUCGUGGAAGCCUCCUAUUGAUGGGGUAGUUAAGGUUAAUUUUUGUGAUCUUGAGUUUUUGGAAGGGCAGACGGUGGGUAUUGGUGCUGUGUUAAGGGACAUCAGGGGUGUUUUUUUGGCUGGGAUGGCAAGAAAGCAUAUGCGCAGGGAAGAGGUUUGGAGCGUGGACGGCCAUAGCUAUGCAAGAAGCGGUAAAUUUUGUUCGCCUCCAAGGGACAGUGUCUGUAGUGUUGGAAGGGGAUUGCAUUCAUUUUCUGAAGUCUGUUGUGGCCAUAAGUUCUGA